AUGCGCCAUGAUGAGUUGGACGAAGUGAUUGUAAUGCAGGGAGUAAAAGGGGCAGAUCACGCAGCAGCAGAACUGGCAGUAAGACCGUUUCAAUCCGUGCAUAUGCCAAGUGUCUUGCCCGCACCUUCUGCACGCGAGCGGCUGAGUGAAGAAAGUAAUGAUUUUGGGUUCGACAGCGCGAUGCUCGCAUUGCACCCUACACGGGAUGGAGAUGAGAGUGCGGACCAGAACAUAUCUGCACAUCAAGUAAGAAAACGAGCAAAAAUCAGUUUUUUGGACGGGAUGGCGCUCACGAUUGGGUUGCAGAUCGGCAGCGGUAUUUUUUCUUCGCCGGGCAUUGUAACUGUGCAUGCAGGCUCUAUUGGGAUGAGUGUGCUUGUUUGGAUUAUCAGUGGAUGUUUGACGCUUACAGGAGCCAACUCAUUUGCCGAACUUGCGUCGACGAUUCCGUUAAAUGGCGGCGCACAAGCUUAUCUACAAUACUCUUUUGGACCGCUAAUCUCGUUUCUAUAUUCCUGGACAGCAAUUGUGGCGCUAAAACCAAGCUCUGGCGCCAUCAUCGCCACCAUAUUGGGCGAGUAUACAACGCGGGUGACUGUACAUCUCGUGAAUGGCGCAAGCGGUGGAUUCCAGAAGUAUCAUGUCGGCGAGCUGCCGCACACAAUCAUUAAGGCCAUUGCAACGUGCGCAGUUCUUGUCAUAAUCUUCUUGCAAUCUUGUCACGCUCGUGCAGGGACGCAAGUGCAGAAUGCAGUUACGCUCGUGAAAAUCGUGCUCCUUGUUAGCAUCCCAGUCAUGGCGGUAGUCGCAAUGGCCCGAGGACAGAUCCCACCAGAGUCACGCGCCGCGUUCUCUUCUUUUUCAAAUCUUUUCAAUGGGUCUACGCGUAUGCCUACACAGUAUGCAUUAGCACUGUACAGCGCUCUAUGGGCGUACGAUGGCUGGGACCAAGUCUCGUUUGUUGCUGGGGAAAUGCAAAACCCAAAACGCGAUGCGCCCAAAGCAAUUCGAUACAGUGUAUUGCUUGUGACGUUGUUGUUUGUCAGCGUUAUUCUUUCCUAUUUUGUCGUACUUCCCCAGUCUGUUGUGGCGAGCUCGAAUUCGGUUGCGCUUGACUUUGGAUCGAGUAUUUUUGGAUUUACUGGUGGGGUGUUUUUUGGCGCACUUGUCGCUUUUUCGUGCUUCGGCGCCCUCAACGGGCAUAUCUUCACGUAUUCGCGGCUUGUAUAUGCCGCGGGGCAAGAAUCCUUUCUGCCUGCGUGCAUCGGCGACUUGCACAAACGACUCCGCACGCCUUUAAACGCGAAUCUUAUCUCUGCCGCACUUAUCGUCUCCUUUGUGGUGUUUGGCUCGGGCUUUGCUAGCUUGGUCAACUUUUGCGGAAUUUGUGCAUGGUUUUGGUACGGAGCGGCUGUGCUGGGAUUGCUUUAUCUGCGUAUCAAAGACCCAGGGCUACAUCGGCCGUACCAGACAUGGACGAUUGUGCCGAUCGUAUUUGUCGCCAUAGCCAUUUUCCUGCUCGUCAUGCCCAUUUUCGCGGCGCCGCUCGAAGCACUGGCCGCUUUUGGGUUUCUUGGGAUGGGCGUACCUAUGUACUAUAUCACGCAGCACAGCGAGGCUGUGCUGCGCACACAACAAAUGGGCAGCGGGCAUGGCUUUGAGCGCGUGCCUACAGAGGCACACGACACGGAGCCGGCUUCCUUCGAUGGUCAACUAUAA